AUGCGUAGCUGGUUUUUAUUUGGAUUAUAUGCGCUGCUAAUCGCCGCAACAGUUGGCCAACCGCUGCAGCAAAAUGAGUCUGGAAAAAACGAGGAUACCGAAAGGGGCGAGCGAGUGAGUCGCCAAAUUCCCUAUCCCUAUUUGGGCGGGGGAUAUGGAGGUGGCUUUGGAGGAGUCUACGGAGGAGGCUAUGGAGGAUAUGGGGGCUACGGGGGCUAUGGAAGCUACGCCGGCAUACGCUCCUCAGCUUAUCCUUACGGCAAUCUGUACGGCUCCAGCGGCUUGGGACUGGUGGGCGGAUAUUAUGGUCGUCCUUAUGGUUAUGGCGUUGGCUAUAAUAUUGGAUAUCCGGCCAUUGGCGGCUUUGGUGCCACCGCCAGCGGCAUCUAUGGCGCUAGUCCGUUUUCCCCAUUCGCUUAA